AUGCUCAGCACAAGUCCAGUCAAUCAAAACUCUCCAACUGCAACUCAGCAGCACCCAACCAUAGCUAAAACGACAAGUGCAGCACCACCAACAACAACUGCCCACACAUCAAUUGAAGCUCCAACCACAACAAUUGCUCCAGCUACAAGUGCAGCACCACUGACAACCAUUGCCUCAACAAGUGCAGGUCAAAUCAAAACAACUGCUCCAACUACAACUGCAGCAGCACCCACAACCAUAGCUAAAACGACAAGUGCAGCACCACCAACAACAGCUGCCCAGACAACAAUUGAAGCUCCAACCACAACAAUUGCAAGUGCAACACCAUCAACAACAAUUGGCCCAACAACAAGAGCAGCUCCAAUCACAACAUCUGCUCCAACUACAACUGCAGCAGCACCCACAACCAUAGCUAAAACGACAAGUGCAGCACCACCAACAACAACUGCCCACCCAUCAAUUGAAGCACCAACCACAACAAUUGCUCCAACUACAACUGCAGCAUCACUGACAACAAUCGCCCCGACAGCAAGUGCAGCUCCAAUCACAACAUCUGCUCCAACCACAACUGCAGCAGCACCCACAACCAUUGCUAAAACAACAAAUGCAGCACCACCACCAACAGCAGCUCAGACGGCAAGUGAAGCUCCAACCCCAACAAGAGCUCACACGACUGCAGCAGCACACACAACAAUUGCUCCAGGAACUACAAGUCCAGCUCCAGGCACAACAAUUACUCCAACAACAAGUGCAGUUUCAGCCACAACAGGUUCUCCACCUACAAGUCCAGCUCCAAUCACAACAACUCCUCCAACUGCAACUGCAGCAGCACCCACAACCAUAGCUAAAACGACAAGUGCAGCACCACCAACAACAGCUGCCCAGACAACAAUUGAAGCUCCAACCACAACAAUUGCAAGUGCAACACCAUCAACAACAAUUGGCCCAACAACAAGAGCAGCUCCAAUCACAACAUCUGUUCCAACUACAACUGCAGCAGCACCCACAACCAUUGCUAAAACGACAAGAACUACAAGUCCAGCUCCAGGCACAACAAUUACUCCAACAACAAGUGCAGUUUCAGCCACAACAGGUUCUCCACCUACAAGUGAAGCUCCAACCACAACAAUUGCUCCAACAACAACUGCAGCAACACACACAACUGCUCCAACUACAACUGCAGCUGCAUCCACAACCAUUGCUAAAACGACAAGUGCCGCACCACCAACAACAACUGCCCACACAACAAUUGAAGCUCCUACCACAACAGUUGCUCCAAUUGCAAGUGCAAUCCCAUCAACAACAAUUGGACCAACAACAAGAGCAACUCCAACCCCAACGAUUGAAGAAACUACAAGUGAAGCUCCAACAACAACAAUUUCUCACACUAAAACGGCAGCAGCACACACAACAAUUGCUCCAGCUACAAGUGCAGCACCACUGACAACCAUUGCCUCAACAAGUGCAGGUCCAAUCAAAACAACUGCUCCAACUACAACUGCACAGACAACAAUUGCUCCAGCUACAAGUCCAGCUCCAAUCACAACAACUCCUCCAACUGCAACUGCAGCAGCACCCACAACCAUAGCUAAAACGACAAGUGCAGCUCCAAUCACAACAACUGUUCCAACUUCAACUGCCGCUGCACCCACCACCAUUGCUAAAACGACAAGUGCUGCCCCACCAACAACAACUGCCCACACAACAAUUGAAGCUCCUACCACAACAGUUGCUCCAAUUGCAAGUGCAAUCCCAUCAACGACAAUUAACCCAAAAACAAGAGCAACUCCAACCCCAACAAUUGAAGGAACUACAAGUCCAGCUCCAGGCACAACAAUUACUCCAACAACAAGUGCAGUUUCAGCCACAACAGGUUCUCCACCUACAAGUGAAGCUCCAACCACAACAAUUGCUCCAACAACAACUGCAGCAACACACACAACUGCUCCAACUACAACUGCAGCUGCAUCCACAACCAUUGCUAAAACGACAAGUGCAGCACCACCAACAACAACUGCCCACACAUCAAUUGAAGCUCCAACCACAACAAUUGCUCCAGCUACAAGUGCAGCACCACUGACAACCAUUGCCUCAACAAGUGCAGGUCAAAUCAAAACAACUGCUCCAACUACAACUGCAGCAGCACCCACAACCAUAGCUAAAACGACAAGUGCAGCACCACCAACAACAGCUGCCCAGACAACAAUUGAAGCUCCAACCACAACAAUUGCAAGUGCAACACCAUCAACAACAAUUGGCCCAACAACAAGAGCAGCUCCAAUCACAACAUCUGUUCCAACUACAACUGCAGCAGCACCCACAACCAUUGCUAAAACGACAAGUGCAGCACCACCACCAACAGCAGCCCAGAUGACAACUGAAGCUCCAACCCCAACAAGAUGCAGUCCAACAAACACUGCCCCAACCAACUGCGCCCCCCAAAAACCCAUUGCUAAAACAACAAAUGCAGCACCACCACCAACAGCAGCUCAGACGGCAAGUGAAGCUCCAACCCCAACAAGAGCUCACACGACUGCAGCAGCACACACAACAAUUGCUCCAGGUACAAGUGCAGCACCACUGACAACAAUCACUUCAACAACAAGUGCAGCUCCAAUCACAACAACUGUUCCAACUUCAACUGCCGCUGCACCCACCACCAUUGCUAAAACGACAAGUGCUGCCCCACCAACAACAACUGCCCACACAACAAUUGAAGCUCCUACCACAACAGUUGCUCCAAUUGCAAGUGCAAUCCCAUCAACGACAAUUAACCCAAAAACAAGAGCAACUCCAACCCCAACAAUUGAAGGAACUACAAGUCCAGCUCCAGGCACAACAAUUACUCCAACAACAAGUGCAGUUUCAGCCACAACAGGUUCUCCACCUACAAGUGAAGCUCCAACCACAACAAUUGCUCCAACAACAACUGCAGCAACACACACAACUGCUCCAACUACAACUGCAGCUGCAUCCACAACCAUUGCUAAAACGACAAGUGCCGCACCACCAACAACAACUGCCCACACAACAAUUGAAGCUCCUACCACAACAGUUGCUCCAAUUGCAAGUGCAAUCCCAUCAACAACAAUUGGACCAACAACAAGAGCAACUCCAACCCCAACAAUUGAAGGAACUACAAGUCCAGCUCCAGGCACAACAUUUACUCCAACAACAAGUGCAGUUUCAGCCACAACAGGUUCUCCACCUACAACAGCACCCACAACCAUUGCUAAACACAAAUGCAGCACCACCACCAACAGCACUCAGACGCAAGUGAAGCUCCAACCCAACAAGAGCUCACACGACUGCAGCAGCACACACAACAAUGCUCCAGGUACAAGUGCAGCACCACUGACAACAAUCACUUCAACAACAAGUGCAGCUCCAAUCACAACAACUGUUCCAACUUCAACUGCCGCUGCACCCACCACCAUUGCUAAAACGACAAGUGCUGCCCCACCAACAACAACUGCCCACACAACAAUUGAAGCUCCUACCACAACAGUUGCUCCAAUUGCAAGUGCAAUCCCAUCAACGACAAUUAACCCAAAAACAAGAGCAACUCCAACCCCAACAAUUGAAGGAACUACAAGUCCAGCUCCAGGCACAACAAUUACUCCAACAACAAGUGCAGUUUCAGCCACAACAGGUUCUCCACCUACAAGUGAAGCUCCAACCACAACAAUUGCUCCAACAACAACUGCAGCAACACACACAACUGCUCCAACUACAACUGCAUCCACAACCAUUGCUAAAACGACAAGUGCCGCACCACCAACAACAACUGCCCACACAACAAUUGAAGCUCCUACCACAACAGUUGCUCCAAUUGCAAGUGCAAUCCCAUCAACAACAAUUGGACCAACAACAAGAGCAACUCCAACCCCAACGAUUGAAGAAACUACAAGUGAAGCUCCAACAACAACAAUUUCUCACACUAAAACGGCAGCAGCACACACAACAAUUGCUCCAGCUACAAGUGCAGCACCACUGACAACCAUUGCCUCAACAAGUGCAGGUCCAAUCAAAACAACUGCUCCAACUACAACUGCAGCUGCACAGACAACAAUUGCUCCAGCUACAAGUCCAGCUCCAAUCACAACAACUCCUCCAACUGCAACUGCAGCAGCACCCACAACCAUAGCUAAAACGACAAGUGCAGCACCACCAACAACAACUGCCCACACAUCAAUUGAAGCUCCAACCACAACAAUUGCUCCAGCUACAAGUGCAGCACCACUGACAACCAUUGCCUCAACAAGUGCAGGUCAAAUCAAAACAACUGCUCCAACUACAACUGCAGCAGCACCCACAACCAUAGCUAAAACGACAAGUGCAGCACCACCAACAACAGCUGCCCAGACAACAAUUGAAGCUCCAACCACAACAAUUGCAAGUGCAACACCAUCAACAACAAUUGGCCCAACAACAAGAGCAGCUCCAAUCACAACAUCUGUUCCAACUACAACUGCAGCAGCACCCACAACCAUUGCUAAAACGACAAGUGCAGCACCACCACCAACAGCAGCCCAGAUGACAACUGAAGCUCCAACCCCAACAAGAGCUCACACAAUGACUGCAGCAGCACAGACAACAAUUGCUCCAGCUACAAGUCCAGCUCCAAUCACAACAACUCCUCCAACUGCAACUGCAGCAGCACCCACAACCAUAGCUAAAACGACAAGUGCAGCACCACCAACAACAACUGCCCACCCAUCAAUUGAAGCACCAACCACAACAAUUGCUCCAACUCACGAACUGCACACCCCCACCAGGCAGCCCACACAACAUUGCUCCAACAACCAGCAGACCACAACUGCUAAACAACAAAGCAGCACCACCACCAACAGCAGCUCAGACGGCAACACCACUGACAACAAUCACUUCAACAACAAGUGCAGCUCCAAUCACAACAUCUGCUCCAACUACAACUGCAGCAGCACACACAACAAUUGCUCCAGCUACAAGUGCAGCACCACUGACAACCAUUGCCUCAACAAGUGCAGGUCAAAUCAAAACAACUGCUCCAACUACAACUGCAGCUGCACAGACAACAAUUGCUCCAGCUACAAGUCCAGCUCCAAUCACAACAACUCCUCCAACUGCAACUGCAGCAGCACCCACAACCAUAGCUAA